AUGGGUUAUGAGUUAUAUUAUGUUAAAACAAUUGCUGUGAUCAAGCAAUGGCAAAUAAUUAAAAUAAGAAUAACCGAGUAUUUAACGAAAACGGCAUUAAGUUUGGGUACAGAAGAUAAUGUUUCGAUUGACAAUUUAUCUUACUUAAUGGCCAUACAAUCACUUUGCGCAUUUUUAACGAAGAGGCAUGUUGAUUUUCAUUCGGAGAAUUCGGAAUAUUUCCGAUUUGUCGCAAACACAUCAGAUGCAAUAAAUGUAUCACUUCUUAAUCGCAUUACUUAUGCUUAUAUAGCACCCAUCAUUAUUGUUAUUGGUAUCAUCGGAGACAUUAUGACAGUUGCCACUUUAACACAUCCAAUAUUACGACGAUCUAGUAUAAUUUAUACAUAUUUAAUAUUACUCGCACUGACUGAUUUGUUAACUCAUCUUUCGAUAAUACCAAUGAUUCUAUGGUUGCUUGAUUGGCGACUUUGCUCCUAUCCAUCAGCGUUGUAUUACGCUCAUAUUGGAUUCCCACUGGUAAAUGCGCUAAUGGGUGUAAGUGUAUGGAUUGUGGUUUUUCUAACGAUGAGUCAAUAUAUGGCUGUAUGUCAUCCUUUUCGCUACUCAUACCUUAGGUCACGCAAAACAUGUUUUUGGUUGUCAGGAUUGGCCUAUAUUAUCAAUUUUUGUAUAUACAUUCCAUGGGCAACAAAAAAGGCGGUUUCAUUUGAAGUUGCACAAUGCAAAUUUGUUGUUUGCGAGCACCAAAUCGAAUUGUGGUUCAAAGUUUAUGAAUGGACACGCGAAACGAUUAGUCGACUUUUGCCUUUUGUUUUACUCGCUUAUUUUAACUCAAAAAUCUUGAUAACAUAUCGGAAUACGAAGCAAGAUCGUCUUCGCUGCCUUGCUAGCAAUACUCAAAAAGGAUCAAUAGGAGUUAAGAGUGAGAAAGAAGAACGGCGUUUAUUUAUUUUAUUAUUUUCAAUUGUGAUAAUAUUUUUUAUAUGCACAAUUCCGGCUGCUCCGUUAACAAUAUUUGUCUCCGAUUCGAGAUCGAGAAAUUUAUCGUUUCAGAUUAUCCGAGCUAUAAUAAAUGUUAUGGAAUUCACGAAAUUCGCUUUAAAUUUUUAUUUCUAUUGCCUUAUUAAUCCAGAUAUUCGUCGUGUAUGCAUUGUAUUAGCUCGCUGUGAAAAAAUCUCCAGGCAACCUCGAAUUAAAGUUACUGUGCACUUAAAAGCAUCAAAAAAACAUUAA